UAUAUAAACCACAGCUCACGGCCGUUUAUCCAGUCCUGCUGCUGCUCUGCCAUCCACAGCUCUGUAACCUAAUCAGAGCCAUGGUGCCCAGGAUUUUUGCCGCUGUUCUCAUUGCUGAACUCCUGGGCUCAUUAAAUGCAGAGGAGUCACAGGUGAGAACAGAUACUGGCCCAUGGCUGUGCCAGCCAGCACCAAGGUGUGGAGACCAGCCCUACAACCCCUUGGAGCAGUGCUGUCACAAUGACACCAUCCUGCCACUGAAUGCGACCCAGCUGUGUGUCCCCAACUGCAUCUUCUAUCCCUGCUUCCAGCACUGCUGCCUGGAGUCCCUGGGCUCUCAGAAUCAGGCAGUUGUGACAUUCAAGGUCCCAGGCAUGAAGCCUGACUGCAGGUCCUCCCCCGUCUCCAGGAUUUGUGCCCAGGGACACCACCCGACCGGCCCUCAGCCAGAUCUGACUUAAUCUAGACCAUCCUGGGGAGUGGAAUCUGGUAUCUAGUCAACUGUAUGCUGAGGUUUUUAAUUAUUGCUAUGGUCUGAGUGAGUCCUCCAAAAUUUCAUGUAAUGGAAUCUUAAUUUUUCAAUGCUGGAGUGAACCUUAGGGAUGGGGAAGGUUGAAAAUAAUUGGGAGGGUUGAGAUCAGGGAGUAUGGAGCCAUCAUGAAUGUCUUAGCACCCUCUGGUAGGAGUGGGUUCUCAUCACCAGAUUCUUUACCUUGAGAGUGGGUUGUUAUAAAGCAAGGCUGUUCCUCAUGCUCUUUCUAUUGUGAAUGUACCCACUUGCCCUUUCACUUUCCAUAGGGAGUUGAGGUAGCAUGUGGCCCUCGACAGAUGUUGCUGUGUAAUUUUGGACUUUCCAGACUCCAGAACCAUGAACCAUAAUAAACUUCUUUCCUUUACAUUA